CCACCAUUCCACUCUGUUUCGUGCUCCCUGGCCGGUCACUCCCUCCGCCAGCCGCGCGCCACUGUUGCAUCUCAAGGGCAGGGGCAGAGGUGCCGGCCAGGUCGGCUUCCCGCGGCUCUCCGAUCGCUCUGGCCUUCCGCGCCUCGCCGGCGGCCGUACCGCGCGGCCACGGGAGCAUGCAGCUGCAGGCGCCGUUCCUGUCUCCGACUCUCCCAUAGGAAACAACUGGGCUAACCGCAACAUCGUUUCCUUCCACCUACUCUCUCGCCAACGUUUUGGAAAAGUUCGUUGAAGCACAGAAGAAUUGCCUGCCGUGUGUCGGGUGACUGACUGACUGUUCCUCGGGAUGGGCAAGAUGAGCUGCUUCGCCGGCCUGCUUGUGCUCGGCGGCAAGAGGAAGGCAUCCAAGGGUAAGAACAAGGGAGCUUACGCCAAGAAGGUUAAUGGCAAUGACUGCCCCAAGGUGAAGCCGGUGGAGUUCGUGGACAUGGCGGACGCUCUCGACGUCAGCAGAGGCGGGGACAACGAUCCUGCAUGCAAUAGCAAGUUUGUCGUUGGCGCAGCCGCCGAGUUGGCACACCAUGGCGGUGGCGGGGACGGCGACAACGACAAGGCCGCAAUUAAGAGGGGCUCGUCUGGCGCUGACCUCGUCGCCGGCGCCGGCGCCGGCGCCGGUUCGUCCGGCUACAGCAGUGACGGAACAGGUGAAAUUGCCAAGAGCGCGGAGCCGGACGCUGGCGGGUCCUCCAGCGUUGGCCGCAUGUCACCGACGCCGACGGCGUCGCCAAAGCUGAAGCGCUCGUGCUCCAACAUCGAGACGACGAGGUCGUCUGCGCCGCCGAAAGGGUUCGACAUGGCGGCGAAGUCGCGCUCCUACAACGACCUAAACGCCCUGCCUCCCGCGAGGUCGGCCACCCCCAGCGGCGCGCCGGACGCGAGCCCGGCGGCGUCCGUGAGGACGUCGUGCUCCGCGGACCGCGUCAUGCUGAAGAAGCGGUCGUCGAGGCAGGUGCUCCCGUCCCGGAGCAGGAAGCUGUGGUGGCGGCUGUUCCUGUGGAGCCACCGCAGCCUUCACCGCGCGGGCGCGGCCACGCCCGCGCUGCCAUUGCCGGACGCGCCGCACCAGCACGACGGGUACACCUCCGACACGCUCGACGCGGUCACCGCGGACGCGAAGGGCAAGAAAGCCGCCGCGGAGGAGGACCCGAUCCCGAACCAGUGGGUCGCCUUCUCCGCCGGGGCUUCGCCGCUGGAACGCGUCAGCGCGUGGGUGAACAGCCUCGGGGACGGAUCGUUCCACGCCGUCAGCGAGGAGGACGCCACGGAGCACGACGCCGGCGGCGCCCGCCCGCAAUGCUCUGAGAUCGUGGAGCUGCCCACGCCCGGCAAGAGGCACCCUCAGGCGAAGCGCCGCCCCGCGGACGAGGCCGCCAACCAGGCGAGCAGCAUCGUGCACACGCUCAACGUGUUCUCCUCCGUCGCCCACAUCUCCGGCAUGGGGCUCAAGGCCGUCCCGGCGAUCGCGGCGUUCUCCACCCUCCGGGCAGUCAAUCUGUCUGGCAACUUGAUUGUUCAAAUCGCCCCCGGAUCGUUGCCCAAAGGCCUGCACUCGCUCGAUCUGUCGAGGAACAAGAUCGCCGUCAUCGAGGGGCUCCGGGAGCUGACGAGGCUGCGCGUGCUCAACCUCAGCUACAACCGGAUCACGCGGAUCGGACAUGGGCUGUCGAGCUGCACGGCGAUCAGGGAGCUGUACCUGGCCGGGAACAAGAUCAGCGACGUCGAGGGGCUGCACCGCCUGCUGAAGCUGGCCGUCCUGGACGUGAGCUUCAACAGGGUCACCACGGCCAGGUCCCUGGGCCAGCUCGUGGCCAACUACGGCUCGCUGCGGGCGCUCAACCUGCUGGGCAACCCGGUGCAGGCCGCCACUGGCGGCGACACGCUGCGCAGGGCCGUGUCGGGCCUGCUCCCGCGGAUCGAGUACCUCAACAGACAGGCCGUGAAGCCGCAGCGCGCGCGGGAGGAGGCCAAGGACAGCGUCGCGCGGGCGGCGCUCGGGAACGGCGGCGGGUGGAGCUCGCGGAGGCGGGCGCCGCGGCGGGCGAACCAGAGCCCCGGGUCGUCGGGCAAGAGCCGGGGCAGGGACGGGAGCAGCGGCCGCAGGGGGAGCAGGAGCAGGUCCAAGACCAGGCCGCAGGGGCAGGGCUCCAGCCUCUCGAGGAAGUGAGCAUGAGGCCGCCGUGUCAUAUUGACAUGGAAGAGUGUUGAACUCUUGAUCGGAGAGGGAGAACAAAUGACUCCAUGUGUUUAAACUGCCAUGGUGAGAUAAAUAAUUGGCAUUACCGGAGGCAAUUCGAUGGAAUGAAGCUCGCAAAAAGGAGCAUUUGACGCUGUUCUUAAAUCUUUUUUCUUUCAGCAUCCAGAUGAAAUACAGAGUUCAAGCAUUAUGGGAAAAAAAUUAUGAAAUAAAAAAAGAAAUCUCCGACCUGCCGGAUUCGAA